AUGGCCGGCUGGACCAAUUCCACCGGCACCGGCAGCGGCGGCGGUCGAGGAUCAGGAGGAAGAGGCUUCACGAACCACCUUUAUGCUAAUAAUUCCAUUGACAUGAUCCAUGGAGGUACCGCCGCCGGCGGCGGCGGCGGCGGCGGAGGUAGCGGCAGGUUCAUAGGAGGUCGGUCAAGGGGGAGGCCGCCCCAGCAGCCUCACUAUCGCUACCGCCGUGUCGAUGCCGUUCAUCGCGACUCCCCGCCCGCCUCCCUGUCUGACCAGCAAGCGGCAUCCUCCACUUCCAGCCGCCACGCGCGGCUAACUCAUCCCAUCUCAACCGCGGACAAGUCUUCCGCCUCUAGAACCGCGGCUCCUCCAAGCACCAGGGAGCCCGACGACAAGACCAUCCGCAAUGCCGCCAACUUCGAGUGCAACGUCUGCUUUGACAUGGCCGCUGACCCUGUGGUCACCAAGUGCGGCCAUCUCUUCUGCUGGGAGUGCCUCUAUCAGUGGCUCCAUGUCCACUCUCACCACCGUGAGUGCCCUGUCUGCAAGGGCCAGGUAGCCGAUGAUGCUAUCAUACCCAUCUAUGGGCGUGGUGGCUCCGCGGCCUCUGUGGACAAUGCGCCACCAAGGCCCACUGGAGCCAGAGUAGAGAGCUCCAGGCAGCAGCAGCAGCAGACUUCCCCCCAUCCCAUGCUGUUUGAUUUCCCAAGCAUUAUGAACUUGAGAAUGAGAACUACCUCAUUCAGAGAGGCUAUCUUGAGCAUCAUGUCUCCCAGCAUUGAAGACACGGAGAUGGACAAUUCUGAUGCCAUGACCUAUUUUGACGACGGUGAAUUCUACCCAGGGGUCAAUGAAUUUGACAUGGAGGUGGAUCGAUAUGGUGACCCGGAUGAUGAGGUUUAUGAAUAUGACUACCAUUUUGGAGGUGCUCCGUUGUUUGGGUCUGCUGGGACUGAGGCCAGCAAUCCCAGCUCUUCACAGGAACAUGCUGAUAUGAUCAGUAUUAGAGACAACACUGUUGGCACUACCACUGGUGGUUAUCAUCAUCAAGAGUUUGGCUACUCUGGCGCGAGACCUAAUAAUAAUAGGGGACGGCGUGGUUGUCGUAACCGCACAAGGCUGUCAGCAGAUCACUUUUUGAGCACUGAUGAAAUGGUGAUGGCGUUGCCGAUGCCGGGUAGCAGUGGUUUUAUCCAUAAUAAUAAUGGCGGCAGUUCUAAUGUUAGUGCAGGCGCUGCCUUUCAGCCUAACCGUGGCUGGACUGAGAGAAGAGGAAGAAGCAACAGGAACUCGAAUUCAGGUGGUGGAAGAGGAGGGAUGCAGGAUCGCAGGAGACAGAGGACACACUACAUCUGA